AUGGAACGCCACAUAAACAUGGAUCGCUCUCCAGAGGUUUAUCCGGAGGAGAUCAGUGCAUACUUUGAUUUGCUGAAUGGUUGGCAGUGUGCCACAACCCACAACGAAGGAGGAAGUGAUUCGCGACUGGACCAUGAUGCAUCCGAUGCGGCUCAAAACACUUGGGAGGACUUGAUGAGCAUGAAAUGGGUGUAUUGGAACAUCUGUACGAUGCUUUUUAAUGAAUCUUUGGUAAUCAACCCUGCCAAUAUUGAUUCGGCAAUCAAGCAUUACCGUGGUGAAGAGAAGUUCUAUCGCGAGCUUGAGACGACUAAAUUUGCGAUUGACAUUGAACAGAGGAUACGCUGCAUUAUCACCACUCCUUAUGACUACAAAAAUCUGAUGCAAUGCAGGAUGACACGCUACCUGUGUGAUGCACCUGUGCUGCAGUUUGCCCCCUCAACCCGUCUCCAAUUGGAUGUGACGUCAAGUGUGUCCAACUUUUCACCCCGUUUGGAGCGAUAUGUGGGCAUUGUGGGUGGCACGACAUUGGAGAGACAUGAAUGCUUGGAAGUGUCUGGAAGGGGAAGUAGGAGGGAGGUAAUGAGCGAAUACGACUCUGUCAUCCUCUAUGUCGCCGGCGACGCGUUCACUAAAGCCUAUGUAAAGCUAAAUGACCUACUGAAUGCU